AUGGAGGCGGCCCACUCGGCGUUUGCUGCGCUGCACAUGCGCCGCCACAGCUUGCUGCUGUGGCUGGAUGUUCCGUGCGGCCUUGCUGCAGCAGAAGCAGCAGUGUUUGGGGCAGCAGCAGCAGCAGCAGUAGACGUGGCUGGAGAAAUGUCUCUAGAAAGCCUAGAUGACUGUGUGUCUGCUUCUCGCUGCUGCCGCUUGCUGCAGCAGCUGCUGCCUGUUGCUGCAGCAGACACCAAGCUGGUGGCCCUGGGAGCCCCCAGCUGGCUCUCGGGGCCCCCUCCUAAUAUCAGUGGCUGCGCAGCCCCCGCAGCAGACACCAAGCUGGUGGCCCUGGGAGCCCCCAGCUGGCUCUCGGGGCCCCCUCCUAAUAUCAGUGGCUGCGCAGCCCCGGUGCUGCUGCAGCAGCUGCAGCAGCGCGCAGCAGCAGUUAAGGAAGAAGUGCUGCAGCAGCUUCGCGGGGGCCACGCCGCGCUAGCAGCAGCAGCAGCAGCAGCAGCAGCAGCAGCAGCAGGUGAUUCCAAUCACGUGGCAGUCCCUGUGAAGUUUGACCGCGCCUGGGAGGAGGCCCACCGCUGGGUUGUGGCUGUGCAGCAGCAGCAGCAGCUGCAGCAGCUGCAGCAGCAGCAGCAGCAGGACCCCUGGCUAGUCAGAGAAGGAGUGCUAAAUGCAGAGGAGUGGCAAGAGGCGCAAAAGGCAGCUCUCAGUCUUCCUCCCUUCGUCCUUUUUGCUGCUCUCCUCGCAGCCUCCAGGCAGCAGCAACAGCAGCAGCAGCAGCAGCAGCAGCAGCAGAUGCAGCAGCAGACAGCCUCUCCUGGGCUUCUGGAGCUGACCACAGCAGAAACUGCCCAAGGGCUCGAGACAGUCCUCGGCCUUCCACGCCACCUAAGUUUGGCAGCUGCUUUGCUGCUGGACAUUCGCGGCGAGGGACUCAUCAGCUACACAGACUUUAGGAGGCUUCCUUCUUACCUGCAUGCAGCAGCGCUCAGAAGCGACGUGCUGCUGCUGCUGGCAGCAACUCGCAGACAGGGGCCCCUCCAGAGGGCCCUGCUGGGGCUGGCAGCCCCGGAGCAGAUUCCCCUUGCUGCUGCUGAGACGCACAAGGUGCUGCUGCGCCUGGGGAUGAGACCCGAGGCUGCUCGCGGGCUCCAGCUGCUGCUUCAGGCUGCUGGAAUGAGCUGCAAGUGCCGCAACAGCAGCAGCAGCAGCAGCAGCAGCAGCAGCAGCAGCAGCAGCAGCUUCCCUUCUCUCUCCAUGGUUCAGCAGUGGCUGCAUGCAGCGAAGCAGCUGGCCCCGCUGGUGCUGCAGGAUGUCUUUUGCUGCCUCUUUGCUUCUCAGCCCUUCUCCUCAGCAACUACAGCAGGCUCAGUUUCAGACGGCGGCUGGGGCGCCUGGGAAGGUUCCCGCGUUGCUGCCCUUAUCGAAGCAGCAGGACUCAGCUCAUUGGCGGCAUCUGCUUCUUCAAGUCCGUCGCACUGCAGCAGCAGCAGCAGCAGCAGCAGCAGCAAUGACAGCGAUGACCAGGUGGCGCUGCUGGACCCCUGUAGGAUCCGCAGCAGCUACAGAGCCUUUCAGCAGCAGCAGCAUGAGCUGCUGCUUCUCUUGCUGCGCUCCCUCCGCACAGCUAACCUCUCCAUUGAGGGUUUUUGCUGCAAGCGCCUGCUGCGGGCGCAGCAGCAGCAGCAGCAGCCUGCUGCUGCUGCUGCACAGGCACCUGAGGCAGCCGCUGCUUCGCUGCUUUGCCGCAUCAAAUACCACACAAUACCCUCUGCAGCAGCAGCAGCAGCACUACCUGCAGCAGCUGAUGUUUCCCGGUGGGUAUUUGUAGAAGAAUGCUCGUUGCUGCUGCUGCCUACCCUGGGCAGCAGCAGCAACGGCGCUGCUGUCGCUGCUGUCGCCUCAGCUUUGCAUUUGCUGUUUGAUGCAGCAGACCCCAAAGCCAGGGGAAGUGUCUCUGCUGCUGCACUGCAGCAGCUGCUGCAGGACGCUGAGCUGCUGCAGCUGCAGCGGGACAGCCGAGCCCUCGUGGCGCUGCGACGGCUUGAAGCCCAGCACGCCCCGCAGCAGCAGCAGCAGCAGCAGCAGCAGCAGGAUUUGACAUUAAGCAGUGGGGUCUUUGAGCUAGCAGAGCUGCUGAACGAGUCCUCAGCAGCAAAGGCGGAGCGACAGCAGCAGCAGCAGCAGCAGCAGCAGCAGCAGCGGCUGAGUGCAGCAGCUCUCCGCUUCCACCCCGCGCUGCAGCGGCUGCGGGAGAAGAUGCUGACGAGCAGCUGGACCUUCGCAGAUUUGUGCAUACACCUGGGCUGCAGCGCGUCUGCUGCUCGCUCAUUGACUUGCAGCAGCAGCAGCAGCAGCAGCAGCAGCAGCAGCAGGAAGGGACUCUCUUUGUAUAGGACAGCUUUCCGCCGCUCUGCUGCAGUCCGGGCGGCUCUGGUCAGCAGCGCAGCAGCAGAUGAUUUGUUUGAUCGCCUGGCAGUGCCUGAAGAGGCUGAGCCCCGUGCUGCAGCAGCACGAGCCGGCAGCAGCAGCAGCAGCAAGAAGCAGCAGCUGCUGCAGGAGCAGCAGGAACGCUUCAGCCUCCCCCUGCUGCACGUAGAAGACCUUCUUGCUGCACUUGCUUCUCAGAAGCAAUUCUGGGGCGUCUGCAGCAGCGCGGCCUGCCGAGUCAUGUUUUUGCUGCUGCGGCAGCGCCUGGCUUCCAUUCAGCAGCAGCAGCAGCAGCAGCAGCAGCAGCAGCAGCAGCAGCAGCAGCAGCAAAGGCAGCAAGAAGGAGCCCCUCGCACGGAAGCCGAAUUGCUGGCAGAUCUACUCGUCGCCACUGAGCACGCAUCCAGGAACCUCCCUCACUAUCAGCAGCAGCAAGCAGCAGCAGAAGCAGCAGCAGCAGCUGCUGCAGCAACAGCAGCCGAAGGACAGGCACUGGUGUCGCGCCUAGUAUUGCAGCAGACAGCAGCAGAUAUUGCAGAAGGGCUUCUAAUUGCUGCUGACCUUGAUGCCCUCGCUGACUGGUGUGGAAAAGACCAGGGCCUUCCUGAGGGCGUUUGUGAUGCUUCGAUGGUUUUCCGGGCGAUGGAAGAUGCAGCAAGCCGCACCAGCAGCAAGCAGCAGCAGCUGCUGCAGUGCCUUGCAUCUGAAGCACUUGCUGCAGCAGCAGCAGCACAGGGGAGGGGCUUCCAGCAGGGAGCCAGAGCCCUCACUGUGGGUGAAGUGGCAGCAGCACUUGAAGCGCGGGGUCACAGAGUCUUUUCUUCAGAAUUGCUGCUGCUGCUGACAUCCCUGCUGCCGCAGCAGCAGCAGCAGCAGCAGCAGCAGCAGCAGCGGCUGCUGUUUGACUUGCAGCAGGGAUUGUUGUACGUCGAGCCUCUGCAGGCUGCGCUGCAGGGCCAAUUGUCUCCAGGUGAAGCUGCUGCCAGUAGCAGCAGCAGCAGCAAGGGCAGCAGCCAGGGUGCUGCUACAAAGCCAUGCGCUGAGCUGCUGCUGCAGCUGCUGCUGCUGCGCAUGCGUGCUGCUGCUGCGCUGCAUUCCCUUGAUGCUGUGCAGCUGUUCGCUGCAGUUUGCAGCAGCAACACAGACAGCCCCACAGCAGCAGAUUGGCAUGCAGCGAUUCGGGCCUCACUGCCAGAGAGUGGAGAGAGCUGCUGCUGCUGCUGCUGCAGCAAGAGCUGCAGCAACAGCAGCAAAGAUUGCCAGUGCGUGGAGUCUACAGUUGCUCGUUUGCUGCUGCUGGUUCAGAGUCCCCAGGAUCUGGGGGAACUGCUGCUGCUGCAGCUGCCGCUGCUGCAGCAGCAGCUGCCAGCGCUCUUCCUGGGCCCCGGAUCAGAGCAGCAGCAUCAGCUGCUGCAGCAGCUACAGAACCUCAGCCAGCAGCAGCUGCUGCAGAAGGUGCAGCAGCUGCAGCAGCAGACAGGGGGUCGGGUGACCGCUAGGGAGUUCAAGGAAUUCUUUUCCCGCAGGGGCAUCGGCGCAGCAGCAGACCUCUGGCUGCUGCUGCUGCAGCAGCAGCAGCAGCAGCAACGGGAAGGAGAAAGUGCGGAUGAGCAAGAAGUAAGCAUAUCGUUCCAGAUGUCACAUAUUGCUGAAGCAGAAGCUGCGAAUGGCUGCACUGCUGCUGCUGCUGCUGCUGCUGCUGGCCCUCCUGCGAGGUUGUGUCACCCUGCUGCUGCUGUUGCUGCUGCUGCUGCUGCUGCUGCUGCUGCAGAUAUCGCUCGCUGCAUGCGUGGAGCUGCUCGCCCUUUUUUUGGACGAAACACAGCUAUGUGGGGAGACAGUCGUCGUCGUUGA